AAUGUUCAGAUUAUUAAAAAAAACACUGUAACCUAAAAUUUUCAACAAAUUUUAGUGUUCUAAUAUUUUAGUAAAUGAAAUAGUUUCCUAAUUAGAAGCUAUUACAGCGUAGUAAACGCUGUACCUGUCUGUGUUUAAGUUCCUACCACGUACCAUUCAGCAUGGCAGCCGAAAUUAGUGAAGCCGAUCAAAUCAAGACGUUCAAGGAUUUCCUGGUGCAAUACAAUAAACUGUCAGAACUGUGUUUCAAUGACUGCAUUCAUGAUUUCACUUCAAGAUCUCUGAAGUCCUCUGAGGAUAAAUGUACUUCAAACUGCAUGGAGAAAUACCUGCGAAUGAACCAGAGGGUCUCCCAAAGGUUCCAUGAAUUCCAAAUGAUAGCAAAUGAGAAUAUGCUCGCAAUGGCCCAAAAAGCUGGGAACCCUAGCUAAUUCCUGCUGAACAGACUCAUCUAAGUAGUGACUUCAGUCUUAAUUAUUAUAUUUUUUGUUAGAAUUUAUUGUCUUCAGUGAAGACUAAUAAAAUUGUUAUGGGUUAGAAA